AUGACCAUCUUCAAGAGCCAGCAUCCGGACAUUGAUCUGCCCACCGAGAUUACAAUCUUUGAGUGGCUAUUUGGGGAAACGUCUCGUUACUCGCCACUCAAUAAUGUCCCCGAGGAAGAGCUGGCCGGCUAUUUGGAUGCAUCGACCGAGAAGCGUGUCUCGUGGAAAGAAGUCAAGCAAGCCGCUACCUUUAUAUCGACGGCCCUCGCCAAGCAAUAUGGCUUUCAAACUGGAGACACAAUAUCUUUGUUUAGCAGGAACUCGAUCUGGUAUCCCGUCACCUUGUUUGCAGCCAUACGUCUAGGCGGUAUCGUGUCUGGAGCCUCACCAGCAUACAAUGUGGAAGAAAUGACCUAUGCCCUAAAGACGGCCAAUGCCAAAUUCCUCGCCACUCACCCUUCGUCCAUUGCGGUGGCCUCGCAAGCGGCCAAGAACGCGGGAAUCCCACAGUCUCGCAUCUUUCUGCUCGAGGGUUCCCUGGAUGGGUAUACGACGGUGCAAGAGCUCAUUGAUAUUGGCAAGUCUUAUGGAGGACAGGGUCAGGUCGCGGCGUACAAACUUCCUCCGGGCAAGAAGAAUGGGGAUCUCUGUGGAUUUCUGAGCUUUUCUUCUGGUACCACAGGACUGCCGAAAGCCGUCAUGAUCUCACACCAAAACGUCAUUGCCCAGGCUCUACAAAUCCAGCAGCUGACGCCCGAGGAGCCACGGCGCAAAUCAUUGGGUGCUCUGCCACUGUUUCACAUCACGGGUCUCGUGCACAGUCUACACCUCCCCGUCUUCAUGAACGCCGAGGUCAUUAUGCUGCCCGAGUUUUCCAUGGAAGCCAUGCUAGACGCCGUGGUGCGGUAUCAAAUCGCCGAGCUCCUGCUGGUGCCCCCGCUGCUGAUCCGGCUGGUGCGCGACCCCGUAGUCCAGCGGUACGACCUGAGCUGCAUCCGCCGCUUCUCGAGCGGCGCGGCGCCCGUGUCCGAGGAGAUAUUGCAGCUGCUGCAGCAGCGUUUUCCCGGCACCGGGUUCAAGCAAGGGUACGGCAUGACCGAGUCGUGCUCGUGCAUCACGGCGCACCCGCCCGACGCCUACGACUGGCGGUACGCGCACAAGGUGGGCAAGAUUGUCGCGAGCACUGAGGUGCGCAUCCUCCGCGACAGCGACAGCGACGACGAGGGUACCACCACCCAAUCCGAAGCCGACGUCGGCGAGCCCGGCGAGAUCCUCGCCCGCGGACCCCAGAUCGUCAUGGGCUACCUCAACAAUGACGCGGCGACGCGGGCCACGUUUUUGCCCGGCGGAUGGCUGCGCACGGGGGACCAAGGCGUCGUGGACGCCGACGGCUUCAUCACCAUAACCGACCGCAUCAAGGAGAUGAUCAAGGUGAAAGGGAUCCAGGUGGCGCCGGCCGAGCUCGAGGACCUGCUGCUGGGCCACGCGGCCGUCGAGGACUGCGCCGUCUUGGGCGUGCCCGACGACCGGGCGGGCGAGCGGCCCAAGGCGUAUAUUGUGGCCAAGCAGCAGCAGCAGCCGCAAAACCAGACCGGACAAGGUCAUCUCCGGGCUCUAGGGGCCGAUAUCAUCAGAUAUGUCGAAGAGCACAAGGUUCGGCACAAGUGGGUCAAGGAGAUCGAGUUCACCGACGAGAUCCCCAAGAGCGCGAGCGGCAAGAUUCUCCGAAGAGUGCUGCGGGACCGCGCGCGACAGGGUACCAAUGGUGUCGUUGUCAAAGCUGCCCGGGAGGAAAAGGCGAGACUGUGA